GGCGUGGCACUCAUGGAACUCAGCUGCUAGCGUCACCAUUGUAAAAAUAAACAGGUCCCAUCUCCGUCGUCGACAGAUCGGCGGUAUUUAAUCAACGCGGGUGCUGGAGCUGUGCCGAUCGAGUCAAAAUGAUGUCGAAUUCGGCAAGCUCGCCGGCGCUGGCGGCAAAGGCUGCCGACCAGGAGCUGAACUCCAUUCUCAGUGAGAUGAACCAGGGGCAUGCUGAAGCCGCCCUAAGAAGUCACGCAACUUCACUUCCGACCACACCGACUGGUGCUCCAAAAAAUGGGGAUCUCUUUCGUAACUCUGCGUCCAAGAUGGAAAGUGUAAAAAACUGGGGGAUUUCCACUUAUAAGUGCACUCGGCAACUGGUAUUAGAGAAGCUAGGCAAGAGCUCUCGGACUGUCGAUACUGAGCUGGAAAGUCAAAUCGAGCUGCUGAGAGACACACAGCGAAAGUAUGCAAACAUUUUGCGUUUAGCUCGAGCUCUUUCAAGUCAUUUUCAUCAUGUUGUGCAGACACAGCACGCUUUGGGUGAAGCUUUCUCAGAGUUAGCCCAAAAAUCACCUGAGCUACAGGAAGAAUUUCUUUAUAAUUCUGAAACUCAACGCUGUCUGACCAAAAACGGAGAGGCCUUGCUUAGUGCUCUGCAUUUCUUCGUCAACUCAGUCAACACAUUAUGUCACAAGACCAUCGAGGACACUCUCCUCACCAUUAGUCAAUAUGAGGCUGCUCGCAUUGAGUUUGACGCAUAUCGCACGGACUUGGAGGCCCUUGGUCAGGCCCCACGGACAGACCCCCGUAUAGAGGAAGCCCAGCAGAAUUUUGACUCUCACAAAACCAAGUUUGAGAACCUUCGUGCAGAUGUUGCCGUUAAACUGAAAUUCCUGGAUGAAAAUCGGAUUAAAGUGAUGCACAAACAGCUGGUGCUGUUCCACAACGCGAUCUCUGCCUACUUCUCUGGCAACCAGCAGGCGCUGGAAUCAACGUUGAAGCAAUUCAACAUCACUGUCAAACCACCAAGCAAUCCUUCAUGGCUUGAGCACUGAGAUCUUGAAAGAGUUGAGGAGCACCCUGAGGGUCGAUCUUGCGAAAUUUGAAACAGCUGAGUUUUCAUUUGCUUCGUUUUUAUUUUGUAAUUGUAUCUAGUCACUUGAAAAGGCAAGUACAUUUAAGGAAACCAAACUUGUAUCAGUCACAUUCCUUGUAAUAAAAAGGAUUAAUUUAAUUUGA